UUUCAACGGAGGAGGUCCUCCAGAAGUUGGAAGAAUUUGGACUAAAUGUGACCGAAGAGGAGGCACAGAGAUUCAGAGGUAAUGUAAGGUUGAAUUGGAAAGUUAAAGUGCUUUAUAUGUUUUAUGUAACUUUUUUUUUGUGAAAACCAAACGAACUUUAGCUAGUUAGCUAACGUUAGCUAAUUCAACGGCUAAAUUGCUAUCAUUUGCUAGCUACCAAGAAAAAUUAAUAACAUUUCACAAUUCGCAUAAAGUUAAGUCAAAUGUUGUAGAUUAGUUUUGGGCAAAUAGUUGUAAUACAAGUCCACCCUGCUAAACAACAUUAAGGGGAAUACUAAAUGAAUAACGUUACCAACUGAAAAUUAACGUUACCAACUGAAAAUUAACGAGCCACCAACGGCCGCGAUUGUUGCUGGGCAACCAGACGCCCUGGGGCCGGGGAGGAUGUCGCGAGGAAAAAAAUCUUAAAUGCACCAUUUUUAGUAAUGACCUCAUGAAUAUAUGUUAGGUAACGUUAAAUUAUAUUAUUGCCACGUUUAAUUUGAUGCCAUCAAAAUUGUUGAAACACAGACACCGGAGCCAUUAAGCUGGAGCCUAAAGCACCAGGAACAUAUUUCCAACAUCCUUUAAACCAGAUUUAGAUUAACCUUUAGUUAGAUACUAUUUUCUAAUCAUUGACACUAACGUUAAUGAAGUGAAAGUUUUGAAGGGCGGAAUUUGCACUUGCUUUAUGGAUAAUUAAGUGUUUUUCUUAACGUUAACGUUACUUGCAUAAAUCAAGGAGACAGUAGGCUAACAUUACGUUUGAAGCGAGCUAACGUAGUUAGCUAACUUCUGUUUUUUGUAACGUUAUAAGGUGGACAGUGUUGAUUAACAUAAUUAACUUAAUAUAUAUUAUGAGAGCCAAAUGCAUCCAUGAAAGUAAUGUUAAGUACCAUUUAUAUUCACCUUAUCAUUGUGCUUGUGUUUGACAUGAAGCUACCGGUAACUUAGUUUAAGGAUAGAUUAGCUAACGCUACUAGCUAACGCUACUACGUUAGCUAACGUUAUGUCACUAAUAUGCCGGCUGGUAACGUAAGGUAACGUUACGAAGCUGAAAGGGUGGUCAGGUCAGAUCAGAUUCCGCCUCUGAACCGGGAAGGUUGUUAGCAACAGACCCUGUGUGAAAAGUAACGGUCUUUUUCUAAGCCGCUAUCGUGUAGCCGGGUGGAACUGUGGGGCAGUUUGUCCGACAAUGAAGUGGACGGGGAAACAUUAGAGUAUGGCCUGACGGAUAACAUGGUAUCAUACCUUUUUCCUGGAUCAUUUAAAAAACAAGUCAAGUUCAACAAAUUUAUACAGGAGUUAAAGGAUGUGGUAACAUUGACUUUAGAACAAGUGCCUGAAGAAUGCAUUGAGCAGCCUUCGACUAUAGAAAGCAGUGAGGCAAAUCGGAGACUGCCUGCUGGAUUCAUCGUUCCACCUUUCCCCAGAGAUCUUCAGACCAGACUCGACAACAAAGAAGCAUGUUUGAAGUUAUCUAGAGAUCGACAUAGGAUCAUUCGAGUUCUCCAUGAAGCAAUCAUCGAAUACACAAUGUAUCCCACCAACGCAGAAUAUGUGCAAGUUGUUAAAGCACUUAUUGUCAAGUACCCUGUCCUUAAGGAUCUGGAGGGAAACGGCUAUCAUACCUGGCAUCAGUCCCUCAAACGCAAAUUCAAAGCAGAGCGUGCACCUUUGGUUCAUGAAGACGAGGUGAGAAGGAGUAAGGAGAAGUUUGGGCACAAGAGAGCCAGACAGUCUACGGAGGCUGCAAGAACCUAUUGCAGAUCUGUGCCAGGGGUGCCUGCUAUCAUUGGUGAGGAUGCUUCCUCUAUUGGGAGACAUGUGAACAUCCUGCGUGUCCAGUAUGAGAGAAUGCAACCAGACAACUCUAUUGUUAAAGACUGCAUGCAGCGAACAUUUGCGUGGCGGCGAAGAGAGAUAGCAGAUGGAAUGACUGUGGAGGAUAUACUCAAGAAAUACCCUUUCUUAAGAACACCCUCAGGGUUGUACGAUGAGGUUGACAGGAUCCAUCCAUCAUCUGUCAACUUAUGCCGGCGUUUGAAAGAGGGCUUCACAAGUGUUGUGCCGAAGGUGCUCAAGCUUGCUCAGGGAAAAACCCCACUGGCCAAAAUCUACGUUGAAGCAAGAGAGGAAAUGCUGGUCGAGGAUCUACAAGAUGUUGACUUCCGUGCUGCGCUGAUCCUGCUGCCCUACAUCUUUAAAGAGAAGGUCGACCAGUUUAUUACAUUGGGACAGUGUGACGCUGAAAGUCCCUACCCAACUGUACAGCUGGUAGACAACAACUGGAAAAUAGCUUUUACCAGGAAGGUCCCAGUUUCUGUCAGAGUGGAUGGUGUGGAUCUGUGCAGGGGAGCAGGAGUUGAGGAGGGAGUAAUUGCAGCCUUCUGUGCCUACUUUGUUUUCAACUUGGCUUACCCACCCUACAUGAAGAAUACGCUGACCUUCCUCCAGCGUACUAUGAACAUUACUGUGGUGGGUGAAAAGUCCCUACCCGUCACUGUGACCCGUAUGAUAAACAUUCUCUAUUAAAGAUGCCACGGCCAUAUAGAUGCACAAGGUGUAGAAGAACCACCUUUACCUUAAUGAAACUUGUUCAACACGUUGGCCUUAUCCAUUCUCAUGAAGCCAACUUUAAUAUCACAUGUGGACUUAAUGACUGCAAGUCAACUUUUAGAGUGUAUGAAUCGUUCAGGCGUCAUGUGUACCGUAAACAUAGGGAGCAUGUGCUACCUGAUAGUGAUGAAAAUGAGAUGGACAAUGACAUGAACAAUGACAUGAACAACGACAGUGACAUGGAGAGCACAGACAAUGAUCUACAGCCUAGGGCAGAUAUACCACCAAGUAUGGAUGCACUAUUGAAAAAUUUUAAAGAAAAUCUCUGUAGCUUCAUCCUGAAAUGUAGAGAAAAAAACCACAUUCCACAGGCUGUCCAACAGGAAAUUGUAAAUGACCUAAACUUUUUAUUUUGUUUUUUUAAAGAACAUUACGAUGCUUUUAUUACUUACCAUCUUCAAGAAAAUGGGUUCAAUAUUUUGGAAUGUCCUGAACUGAGGGAGGUGAUACAGUCUACUGAUUUUUUUGAAAAAGCUUCAGCAGCUGUUAGAUCUCCAUACAUGUUGAAAGAACAUUGUAAGUCAAAGCUAAAAUUGGUUGAUCCCGUGCAUCACGUUUUGAGGUCAGAAAGUGGACACAAAAUAGGUACAUACUCUUAUGUUCCUAUCACUAAGGUUUUAACAAACUAUUGCUCACAUGAGGACAUACUGGACGAAAUUCAGGCCAACAGGUUUAAGGCCAGAGAUCCAGAUUAUUUAAGCGACUACUCUGAUGGUACUUACUUCAAGGAACAUCCCUUCUUCAAAGUCAAUCCACAUGCCUUACGUCUUCAUUUCUAUGAAGACGAAUUUGAAGUUGUCAACCCCUUAGGCUCUAAGCGAACCAAGCACAAGCUUUGUGCUUUCUAUUAUAAUAUUGGCAACCUUGACAGCAAACAUCGAUCCAAACUUAAGCAUAUCCAUCUGGCUGUUUUAGUACGUCAAGCAUUUGUGAAACGUUGUGGUUUACAAACCAUCUUAAAACCCAUGUUAGAUGAUCUUAAAAAACUUGCAAGUGAUGGUAUCACUAUAACCGUAGAUGGGAUUGAGCAGACUAUUCAUGCUGCACUAGCAACAUUUUCAGCCGAUAAUCUUUCAGCCCACAUGUUGGGUGGUUUUACUAUGUCAUUUAACUCGCACAGAGUUUGCCGCUAUUGCAUGGCAACAUAUACAGAAAUGAAAGAAAAAUUCAAUGAGGGCGAUUUUGUCUUGAGAAGCACAGAGGCACAUGAGUAUCAUUUGACAUGUAUUGAAAACCCUGAGCACAAAGUGACAUAUGGAGUAAACGGUCCUUCUCCAUUAAAUGAACUGAAGUAUUUUGAUGUGACAAAAACAUUUCCCCCUGAUAUAAUGCAUGACUUAUUGGAAGGAGUUAUUCCUCUUACGAUUAAACUAGUUGUGUGCCAAGCUCACAAAGAGAAGCACAUAACAAUUCAAGAGAUAAAUGAAGAACUACAACAACUUUCAAUUGGUCAGAAUGAUGCAAAAAAUAGACCAGUACAAUUGUCAGAGCGACUAAUGCAAAACUCUGGCAUUGUAGGGUCUGCCUCUCAAAAAUGGUGUCUCUUUAGGCUUUUGCCUUUCUUAAUGGCACACCGUGUUCCUCCCAGUUGCAAAUAUUGGGAUGUUUUUCUGAUCUGCCGUGAUAUUGUGGACAUUGUAAUUGCCCCAAAAGUAAGAAGGGACAGCUUAAGUAUAUUAAGCUUACUUGUUUGUGAAUUCCUUGAAAAAAUGAAAGAUACUUUUGGAAAUGUCAUAACUCCAAAAUGUCACUAUAUGAUUCACUAUCCCAGACUAAUUGCCAUGUAUGGCCCCCUGCGUUCACUAUGGUGUAUGCGCUUUGAAGCCAAACACCAGUAUUUUAAGAAUGUUGCGAGUAGCUGCAGAAAUUUUAUUAAUGUAGCAAAAACUUUAAGCGACAGGCACCAGAUGCGACAGUGCUGGGAGUUUUCCCCACACAACAUACUUGAUGACUAUGAGAUGGUGAAAGGUACAAGUACAGAUACUCCGUUUUCAUCAAUCCCAUUAGAGCUACAGAGAUGUCUUGCUAGUGUACAUGGGAGUGAAGAUGCAUUUAAAAACAUGCAGCGUGUGUCAGGGGUGAUUAUUGACAGUGUAAAAUAUGCUUGUAAAGAUGUAUUCAUUGUUGAUUACUUGCAUACAGAGAGUAUUCCUCUAUUUUUUCUUAUCAAAUAUAUUCUAAAUAUAAACACAAUGUGGCUUCUGUGCGGUAAGCUAUUAGUCCCAAUGUCUUAUAAUUCACACUUGCAUGCGUACACAGUCAAGGUUGAUCCUCAGUGGAGUGUAAUCAAACCAGGACAAGAAAUGGACUUUCAGUCCCUCGACAUGUACCAUAUUGAUGAUAAGUUGUAUGUCAUUCUUAGAAACAUUUGAAAUAUUCAAGAGAAGUGAGUAAUCAAAUGAAAGUUUUUUUUUUUUUUAAAGUGUUCACAUUGUAAUGCAUUAGUGUAAGUGUAAAAAUGUAUAGUUUAUUAUAGUGGGAGAAGAGAAAAUAGUUUGUAAUUCUGAAAUUCUGCAUUGAUACAAUUGCUAAUAUUUGUGAUGUUUUGUGUAAUGUGUCAAUACUGCCAAAAAUUGUAUGAUUUGAAAAUACAUCAAUUGAAAAUAUUAGAAGUAAAAUUUAAAUGUCAUUGAUAAAUUGUGUAAUGAAUGUCAAAUUUAAUAAAUGUGGUAAGAUAUUA